UCUACGGAUGAAACGGCGCUAAUCUCACACCUUCACCUUCACCUUCACCUUCACCUUCACCUUCACGCUGUGUCUCCAAAAAUGUUGUUGAAGGCUCUGCUUCUACCCCCUCAAAGCACAGUCAUAAGUUGUCCAGUGGCCGAAACUGGAGCAAAUUCGAGGUGGGUACCGCCCAAUUUCUCAAAAUCACGCGGAGGUCUCUGCAAAACCAUGAGUUUAUCUAAAAGAUUGUGCUUGGGCACUGAAAAUGGCGGAAUUACAAAGAAUACAUAUGGGAUUGGAGAUAAAGAUGGCGUGAUCAUUGUCGACCAUGGUUCGCGUCGUAAGGAAUCAAAUCUCAUGCUAAAUGAGUUUGUUACCAUGUUUAGAGAGAAAACUGGUUACCCAAUUGUGGAACCUGCUCAUAUGGAGUUGGCAGAGCCCUCAAUAAGAGAUGCAUUUGGUUUAUGUGUUCAACAAGGGGCAAACCGGGUGCUUGUAAGCCCAUUCUUUCUCUUUCCUGGACGGCAUUGGCACCAGGAUAUUCCUUCGUUAACUGCUGAAGCUGCUAAGGAGCACCCCGGUGUGUCUUAUAUCAUAACUGCACCUCUUGGCUUGCACGAGCUACUCGUGGAUGUUGUGAAUGAUAGGAUCAAAUACUGCUUAAACCAUGUAGCAGGAGAUGCAGAUGAAUGUCCGGCAUGUGUUGGAACAGGAAAAUGCAAGCUCUAUUAGUUUAUGCAAUUGUAAAUCGAAGUAAUACCGGCAUAAUAUUGCUGUUCUCCAUAUGAAAACUGAGAGCAUCUGGAAUUGAACUAUACUUGAGAAGAGAUCUGAUCAUAUAGAAGAAAUCAAGUGAUAGAUGUUUCCCUUGAACAUUAUAUGCAGAUUACUGCUGGUGCCUAAUUAGGACCUAAAAUUUCUUUUCCGAAUAUGUAGAUCCUGGGAUUUCAUAUGAUCUUCUGAGUCUGGCAUUCUUUGUUGACCUUUUCAAUUGUUUUCUAUAACUGGGCAUUGUCUUUGUGAUCUAUGGUACUCUGUUGUAAUAAUUUGUAGCUGGCAACUUAGAUCCUUGUAAGGUGAAAAGGCCCUUUUUAUUGUAUGCAUAAUUCACUUUUUACUCCUGA